UUUUAUUUUUGUGUGGCUCUGGUCUGAUUAUUUCUUUUAUCUACGAAUUUUCUACGAAGGACUUUACGUGUUGACUUCUUCUAAAACUUUUCUUGAAAAACAGCCUCUAUUAUGGUGCUCAUGAACGUGUUGGCCGACGCCCUGAAGUGCAUCUCCAAUGCCGAGAAACGCGGCAAACGCCAGGUCCUGCUGCGUCCCUGCUCCAAGGUGAUUAUCCGUUUUCUGGUCGUGAUGAUGCGACAUGGCUACAUUGGCGAGUUCGAGAUCGUGGAUGACCACCGCCCAGGAAAGAUCGUGGUCAACCUUACCGGACGUCUCAACAAGUGCGGCGUGAUCUCGCCGAGAUUUGAUGUGCCCAUCAACGACAUCGAGAAGUGGACCAACGCAUUGCUGCCGUCGCGUCAAUUUGGCUACAUUGUGCUCACCACCUCGGGUGGCAUUAUGGAUCACGAGGAGGCCAGAAGGAAGCACCUGGGCGGCAAGAUGCUUGGGUUCUUCUUCUAAUUAAUUCGAUUUAUGCCACAAAUGUAAAAGAAACAAAUAAAUCGUA